AUGUCACCCUAUAUUCUUAUAUUAUUGUUUAUUAUUAUGAACGAUUUAUCAUUUAUUAAAGCUCAAACAUAUGGAAUCAUGUUGCCAAAUAUGACAUGUGUAAAUAUUUCAUUGGCAAGUUUAUCAUCACGAGGUGAUGAUAGAUUUGUUCAAUUGAAAUUAUUUGCAUCACCACAAUUCAUGUCAAAUUAUUCACUUUCAUGUGGAAGAUUUGAUAUACGAUCUACUCAUGCAAUAUAUGCUAAAUCAAUUAAUUCAGUAGUUGAAAGUCUUUGUUCAAUUUUACAAGCACGUCCAUUACUUUUAAUUUAUUUAAAUGAUUAUACGAAUGAAAAUCAUGCAUCACCAGCAGCUUAUAUAUUUUUUCUUAAAUUAUUUACAUAUUUACAAUAUCCAAUGUUAACAUUUCAUUAUUUUCAUCCAUUUCAUCCAGGAAAAUUUCCAAGUUUUCGAUUUUUUCAAUUAGCACCAACAUAUCGAGAAGAAGCACGAGCUUUAAUAUCAUUAAUGGAACGAUAUGAUUGGAAUACAUUUUCAUUAAUUAUUGAUCCUAAACUGCCAGGUGAAGAAGAACUUACAGAUGAAUUUGAAACACAUGGAAAUGAACAACGAAAUUGAUUAACUAUACUUUCAAAAAUUCGUAUGAGCAAUACAAAUCCAACGCUUAUAAAACAACAAUUAUCAUUUAUGAAUCCUGAAACACGUGUUAUUAUUGUUCAUACAACAUCAACAUUAGCAUCAUUAAUUGUUAAAAUAGCAAGUAAUAUGAGUCUCACUGGAGCUGAAUAUAUGUGGAUUAUGUCAUCGAUUGUACUUUCAACAUAUAGCGGUGGGGCUGAACCAAAAAUGAAUCCUUAUGAUAAUCCAAACCGACGAAAAAUAGAUUUUUAUGCUGGCACAUUAGGUUUGCAAGUUAUUCUUCUCUAA